AUCCUCCUCCACACCCACCAAACAUGAACACUCUUCAUUUCCUUAUUUCACUCUUUCUCUUCUCAUGCUUCCUUCCUCUUGUCUUGUCUUUUUCACCUCCUCAAACUCAUCUCCCUAAGCAAUGCCUUGAUGACCAGAGAUCUCUUCUGUUGAAAUUGCAGCAGCAUCUUUAUUAUGCCCCUAAUUUUACUUUCUCUUCCAAAUUCGAGCUUUGGGAUCCCAACACUGAUUGUUGUUCUUGGGAAGGAGUCACUUGUGAUGCUUAUGGUCAUGUCGUUGGCAUUGAUCUUAGUUACAAAAACCUUUCAGGCAGCUUUCACUCCAUAGUCAAUCUCCAUCAUCUUCAACAUCUGAAUCUUGCUGGAAAUAACUUUAAUACCACGUUGUUUUCGUAUGGGUUUGAUAAACUCCAAAAUCUUACUCAUCUCAACCUUUCAAGCUCAUGUUUCCAUGGCCAAAUUCCAAUGAACAUCUCAUUCUUAACAAGGUUAGUUUCUCUUGAUCUAUCCUAUCAAGGUAGUUGCUAUCAAAGAAAUGGUUAUGAUUAUUAUUUACUAUCUCUGAAACUAGAGAAACCAAACUUCAAGACAUUUAUCAAGAAUUUGAAGUUUCUCACGGAGCUUUAUUUGGAUGGUGUCGACAUUUCGACUCAAAGUACUAAAUGGUGUGAAACCACAUCUCUUGUACUUCCAGACCUGCAUGUGUUGAGUCUGUCAAGCUGUGGUUUAGAAGGUCCAUUAUGUUCUUCACUCUCAAGACUCUCUUUUCUUUCCAAACUUGUCCUUGAUGGGAACCCAAUCUCUUAUUUACCUCCCAAUUUCUUGGUAAAUUCCUCUCGUUUGGUUUCUCUCAGUUUGAGGGAUUGCACUUUGAGUGGCCAUUUUCCUACCGGAAUUCUCUUAUUGCCAAAAAUUCAAAGCAUUGACAUUUCAUUAAACUUCCAACUUAUGGGUGAGUUGCCAGAAUUUCCUUCAAACAGUGCUUUACAGAGAUUGUCGCUUAUUUAUACAAAUUUUAGUGGAAAACUACCUGAAUCAAUUGGAAAUCUGAAGUUCCUGACAAAUUUAGAGCUUUCUUAUUGCAAUAUUUUUGGACCCAUUCCAUCGUCAAUUGCAAAUCUUAGUCACCUGGUGAACUUAGAUCUAAGAUAUAAUAAUUUCAGUGGUUUAAUCCCUUCGUUUCAUAGAUUUGGAGUUCCUAAUCUUGUAAAUCUCUAUUUGGAUGGGAACAAGCUUUUUGGGUCAAUACAUUCUUCUUUAUUUACUCUUCCAUCGUUGAAGACCUUGUAUCUUGGAGACAAUCAAUUGGUUGGGAAAAUUGAUGAGUUCCCCAAUGCAUCUUCUUCUUUGAUUAAAGUACUAUAUAUAGGCAAUAAUUAUUUAACAGGACCAAUCCCAAAGUCAAUGCUUCAACUUCCAAGGCUUGAAAGGCUUCAUAUUGAAGGCAAUAGCUUUAGUUUUAUGAAGCUUGACAUGUCUGUCCAAUUGAAUAACUUGAGGGAUCUGACGCUGUCCAACAUAAACUUGGUAACCGAAAGUGACAACGAAAGUCUUACUUUUCCCCUAUUAGAGAGCCUAAGCCUAAGGUCAUGCAACCUUACUGAAUUUCCCGAAUUCAUCAAAGCACAAGACAAGUUGGUUGAGUUAGAUCUUUCUAACAAUCAUAUCUAUGGGGUUGUGCCUAAUUGGUUGUGGAAGAGCACCCUUUCAUGGGUUGACCUUUCUUUCAAUAUGAUUGAUUUUCCAAAUCAGCUUCCCUCAAGUGAUGCAAACUUCUCCGUUCCAAAGUUGAGGGAAUUGUAUCUAGAAUUCUGUAACAUAAGUUCGUUUCCAGAGAUUUUAAGGAGUCCAGAAAAUUUAACAGAACUUGACCUUUCAAAUAACAAAAUAAGUGGUGCAAUACCAAACUGGGCGUGGAAGAAAAGUUUGCAUUAUCUCAAUCUUGCAAAUAACCAUCUCUCAUCUUUGGACCAACUUUUACCCAACCAGAGUUCAACUUCUUCACAAAGCUCCUUACCUAGACCUAUUUGCAAUUUGAGUCAACUUUCGCAUUUCACUGCAUCUCAUAACAAUUUGAGUGGCCCAAUUCCAAAUUGCUUAUGCAAUAUGAGUCAACUCAUUGACCUCGAUGUCUCUAAUAAUAAUUUGAGCGGCCCAAUUCCAAAUUGCUUAUACAAAAUGAGUCGACUUAGUGGUUUCAAUGCAUCUUAUAACAGUUUGAGUGGCCCAAUUCCAAAUUGCUUGGGCAAUAUGAGUGCUCUGAGUCGGUUGGAUCUUCAUGGAAAUAAUUUCAAUGGAAUCUUACCAAAAUUUUCAAAAGCAACCCAACUAUGGCUUCUCAACGUUGGUGAGAAUAGAUUGGAAGGAGAGUUGCCAAGAUCAUUAGCGGAAUGCACUCAGCUUGAAGUUUUGGAUGUGGGAAACAACAUGAUGCAUGAUACAUUCCCUUUUUGGUUGGAGAAACUGACUGAGCUAAAAGUUCUCAUAUUGCGGGAAAACAGAUUUUAUGGUCAAAUUAAACAUAAAUUUGUUUUCCCAACUUUGGAUGUGUUGGACAUUGCUUCAAAUCAGUUUUCUGGUGAACUAUCCAUUGAUUUCGUUCAAGCCACUCAACUAAGGUCACUCAAAAUAGGUGGGAAUAAAUUGGAAGGGAAGCUGCCAAGAUCAUUAGCCAAUUGCACAGCACUUGUGGUUCAUGAUACAUUCCCAUUUUGGUUAGAGAAGCUGCCUUCCUUGAAGGUUCUCAUUUUGCGAGCAAACAGAUUCUACGGCACCAUUACAAAAUUCGACACGGAACGUGGGUUUCCAAAGCUACGCAUAUUGGACACUGCUUCCAACAACUUUUCAGGUGACUUGUCCAUUGCAUUUUUGCAAAGCUUGAAGGCAAUGAUGCAGAUAACAAAUGACGACAAAGCUAAGCUGGUUUAUAUCGGAGAGCAAUACUAUCAAGAUUCUGUGACAAUUGUUAAUAAAGGGAUUGAAAUGUUGUACCAAAAAGUCUUGACAAUUCUUACUUGUCUUGACCUUUCCAACAAUAGUUUCCAUGGGAGAAUACCAGAAGAAAUACAAAUGUUGAGGUCACUCAAAGUGCUAAACUUGUCGUAUAAUAACUUCGACGACGAAAUCCCAGUAGCAGUUCAAAACCUAAAAGAUCUAGUCUUUGGAUCUCUCACAGAAUGAGCUGUCAGGGAAGAUUCCUCCACAGCUUACAGAUUUAACUUUCUUAGCAGCAUUGAACUUGUCUUACAACCAACUUGAAGGGAGCAUACCACAAAGCAAUCAGUUCAUUACAUUUUCAAAUGAUUCUUACCGUGGGAAUCCAAAAUUAUGCGGUCAACCAUUGUCCAAGAAAUGCAAUGAAGUUGGUCUUCCAAUGCCACCACUUCCUUGGGAAGAUGAAGAUUCAUGGUUAUAUGCUAUGUCUACUUGGAAAAUUGUGUUGAUAGGUUACGCUAGUGGAUUGGUCGUUGGGCUAUGUAUUGGAUAUACAGUGCUGAAUGAGUUGGGAAACAAAUGGGUUAACAAGUUCAAAAAGGGUGGGAAAAGAAACAGAACAAGAUGUAGGUGACUCCAUCAUAAUUCUUGUUUCAAAAUUAGCUGGAGGUACUUGAAGCAGGACAUGGAAAGUAGAGUCAGACGCAACGACAAAGUUACCUUGAUGAAUUGCAUAGGUACUUGAUCCAUAACAUGGAAUGGACUGAAAUGAGGUCCCAGUGGAAUUUUUUGUUGAUCACUCAGUCCAGGUUAAUGUGACAAGAUCUAAAAAUGCUGUUCUAGCAACAAUGGAAUUUGAAUUCCAAAGGAACAAAGAGAGAUUUUCUUUCAUUAAAUGGGAUUCAUCUGCUUCAAAAACGUGCUUGUUGAAUUAUAGGAGAGGGUGUGGUUGAACUACCGUUGGGUUUCUAUAAAAUUGCAGAAGUUAUAUCCUUGGUGGUUUGACUUUUGUAUCAUAUUCUGUCAUAGGUGUCUAAAAUCAGAGAUGGCGUUUCGCAUCACCAAAAGAGUUUUUGAACAGAGAGAUGCAAGAGGUGACAAAGGGUCCUUGGUUGGUUCUUGUUCCUCCUGGUUCUGAAAUUCUUCACCAGCCCCUGAGCAUGGUAUUGCUUGGUGUUGGUAGAUUCACAUUGUCCAAGAACCUACUAGAUGUUAUAUUACAAGAUGUAUCAGGUUUAUAGGACUUUAAUGUGCAUACAGUAGAGGAUGUGGUUGAAUUAUCAUUGGCAGUUGCAGAUAUUUGAAGACAUAUAGGAUGAUGGCAUGCCUUGCUUCAAUUCACAAGCCAUUUGGGAAUGUCUGUACAGCUAAGGAGAUUUGAUGACAUGACAUUGAUGAAAGCCAUAUCUGAUGGUCAUUGGACCGACUGUGUAAAGGGCCAUUGGCUUUAUAUUUUAUCAAACACGUGUUGGGUUAUAGGUCCGGGUGUAAAGGGUGGACCUGUUGGUCCGGGUUUUAGUGCAGCCCAACAUUUGUUUUUAUAUUAAUUUAUUUAUCCUUUCAAUGAUAAUUUUAUUAGUUUAAAAAAUACUGUCCAAUUAAACCUUGUAUGUAAUACUAUGAUAAAAAUAAUAAUUAGCAUAUUAUUUUC